CCCCUCAGCUAGGCGGUUUUCUAUUGUUCUAACAGAACAGCCGCAGCAUCCACAGCCUGCCAGACGAACUCAGCCCUCUUGACUCGAACGAUACAGCAAUGUCUGACAAACCCGACGUCAGUGAGGUCUCAACGUUCGACAAGAGCAAGUUGAAGAAGACCGAAACGCAGGAGAAGAACACCUUGCCGACUAAAGAGACCAUCGAGCAAGAGAAGCAGAUCUCUUAGAUUGCUGGAUGCACGGCAGCGCAGCUCGGAGGACCUUUGUUCUGUGGAGCAUGUCCACCCCGAGCACACCCAUGGAUCCAAAGGCAGCGCGCGAGCAUGGGAAAUCCGUCGUCCACCGGGCUGCGCCUAAUUCUCACUUGGACAGAAAGCGGCCUGCUUGAAUCCCACAUCAAUUUACAUUGUCUUGUUUUCUAAAGGCCUCAGUCUGUACAAAUGAAGUGCACCAAAUGAAUAAAGUUAUUACCGCAA